AUGCGUUCAUACCUGAUUUUCUGUCUAGCUCUCACCUUAUUCGCUGUCAAUACUUCCAGUGCUGCUACAAAGGAUGAUGAGUUAGCGGAAUCUGUCGAGGAUGUGGCUAAAGCACUUAUCAAUCUCGGCUUAGAUUAUGUGAUCCGAUUAGAUGAAUGGCUUGAUAAAAAUGUUGGCAAGAAAGAGCUGAAAGAGAUUAAACAGAAUUUAGUGAAAUUCAGUCAACUUGCUGUGAAUUUCAUUGAUACAACAUUUGCGAGUAUAUUAACGGAAGACGAUGAAGAAAAGGAGGGAGAGAAGACAAAACAUUCGGAAUUAUAA